AUACGCGCCCCGCCUCUUGAAACAACCCUAACCCCGGAGACCUCGCCCCUUGGGGUCCUCUCGCCGGCCGCUACAAACGCUGCCGUUAGUUUGGUUAUGAAUAGCGUAAAACGACCAUUUGGUAUGGGAAACCUGCCGGGAAUUUCCGAAGAAGAGCCAAUGGUGAAACGAUACAAGGAGAACGCCGCCGAGAAUGGCAUCCUGAAGGAUGAGAUUAACGGACAGCCAAAGGACACUAGUUCAUCGUCGUAA